GCAAAGGUUUGUGUGUGGGGUAAGAAGAGGAGGAGUGAGCAGAGGACAGCCAGGCAGAAGGGAGCCCCAGCAGAAAGGGAAGAGGGUGAGUUCAGGCACCCAUAGUGUGGGCACAGCCACCCCAGGAGACCCGUCCCAGGAGGCCUUAGGGCAUUUACUGUUAAUGGGUGGGGGGAAAGAUGGCACCUGGCCUGGACUUGCACGGAUCCUGGGGUCACACACCCCCGCAGGCUAUGGAAACCUUUAAGGAGGAGGAGUCCAAGGCUUGGGGAGAGGAUGUCACAUGUCCAAGGUCACAGGCCCAGCCAGUAGCAGGCUCAUUCUGUCCGGCCGUCCUUCUACUCCAUCACCAUAAACUGAGUCGUGCCCAUUUCCUACAUUGUGGCCAGCACCAGGUGGGGAAGGGAGAGGUGCCAUCUCACCUGGGCCUCCUUCCCUCCACAGAACUCCGAGGCACCAUGCUGCCCACGCUGCGCCUGGCGAGCAGGCAGCCCGGCUCCUGGGCAGGAAAUGGCACCCUGAGCCCAGAAGAGGCCGCUCGCCACUCCCUGUCCAGUGCCAACGAAUUGCGCUGCCGACAGCUGCUGGAGGCCACCACGGCCAGAUACCGCCAUGGGGAGGCCUCAGCCGCGGUGCUGGUGCCGCUGUGCUCUGUGCACGGAGAGCCAUCCCUGCUCUACACGCUUCGCUCCAGCCGCCUCAUAGGGAGGCACAAAGGGGAUGUCAGUUUCCCAGGGGGCAAGUGCGACCCUCAGGACCAGGAUAUUGUUGACACAGCUCUCCGGGAGACGAGGGAAGAGCUUGGCCUGCCCAUCCAGGAGGAGAACGUGUGGGGUGUCAUGAGGCCAGUGAAUGACCGGAAAAACUUCAUCGUUGUCCCAGUCAUUGCCCAGGUGGGGCCCCUGGAGUCUCUGGACCUCAUGCCUAACCCUCAGGAAGUGGAUGACAUCUUUACCAUGCCGCUGGCCCACCUGCUGCACCCCCGCAACCAGGGCUACACCCACUUCUGCCAUCGAGGCCAUUACAGCUACACGAUGCCCAUCUUCCUGCAUGGCCCCUACCGCAUCUGGGGCCUCACGGCCAUCUUCACGGAGCUCACGCUGGAGAUGCUGGUGCCAGGCACUUACCACCGCAUAGCCUGUUUUGGUGGGCAGCAGAGGAGAGGAGGGACCAGAUCAUAGAGGGCGGAAAGUGGAGCUGUGCGGAGAGGCCGCGGAGAACUUUGCCUCUUCCUCCUCUGCCUUUGCGGUAGCUGAGGUGCCGAGCCAGCUGGGGAAUCCAGUACAGCGAGGGCUCUUUGUCUUUCCAAGUCAGCCGCGAGCCAGGCUUUCACACAAACGGGAGGAAGCCAGAGGUGCUGUCUCUGCGCUGCUGUGGGAGGUGGGCAGAGCCUUCACUCAAAGGAUUGGGGGAGUUCCUCUCUCUGAUCCCUUGGGUUGGGGGGCCGCUGAGCUCGGCCCAAUCUCACCGUCUUUACUGGCCCUGUUGGCAGUUCCUGGAACACACGCCCCAUCUCCUGGCUCCGUGGCUUUGUAUGGAUGGUCUGUGGCGGUCUGUCACACAUUAGAAUGUCAGCUCCUUGAGGGCAGGGCCUGUUUUUUUGCCUUACUUUGUGUCUCAGUGCAUAGCACAGGGAGUUGGACGCACAGCAAGCACUCUGACUGCCUGGAGACCUAUCCCACCAUCACCUCCAAACAACCAGCUUAACUCCAUCACGGUUCGGUGUAAUAAAUGCUGCCUUCUUUGAUCUGAA